AUGCCAGAAGAAUGGAGGAACAACACACUAAUACCUCUGUUUAAAAACAAAGGCGAUGCGCAAAUAUGCGUGAACUACAAAGGCAUCAAACUUCUACGCCACACAAUGAAAUUAUGGGAAAGAAUGAUAGAGAGGAAAUUAGACAAGAAACGUGGGACAUCACCGGUAGGUGAGCCAGAGGUGCCCAUUGGUGAAAAAGUUGUUAAAAGUACGACCAAAUACAAGUAUUUGGGAUCAAUUAUUCAAAAGGAUGGGGAUAUUGACGGAGAUGUGGUAAUCAGACCUGCUUUGCUAUAUGGAACAGAAUGUUGGCUUGUAAAGAAGAUUUUUGAACAUAAGAUAGAAGUCACAGGAAUGCAAACUUCUCUUAAUCUUUCUUGA